GGAGUCCUUGCCAACGUCCAAUACUACAUUAAAAAGCCAAUCCCGGGCAAGGAGUACACAGGGUUCAAGGCGGCCCUUCGGAAAACCUGCUACAGGGCAGCGGUACCUUCAACUUUGGAGCCAUCUGCCCAAGAAAAGACAAAACCGGAUCUCACGACAACAGCUGGAGGAGCCGUUGACGGUGUCGUUGCUGCAGCUGUUGCCGGCGUCGUCGAAGGAAUUGUUGACCAUACCUUGGAUCCCUUCGUCAGCGCCCCA